CAGCAAAAGAGGAGUGGAUGCGACACAAGGCGCGCGCGUUCCCGGCAUGCACUGGGGAGCUGUAUAUUGAGGAAGCUGUGGCACGGGGAAUCGAGUAGCUGUUGUGGCGCGAGCGCAGGGAAUCUUCUCAUCCUUAUCCUCAUCCGAGAAUAUUCUCUAAAGAAAAAAAAAACAAAACAAAAACAAACAAACAGAAAACCGGACCGGACGCACUGAGCCAGCCUACCCUCUCUUGCCAAUCCACAGCACCACCAUGAACUACUUGCGCCGGCGUCUGUCCGACAGCAGCUUUGUAGCCAACUUGCCCAAUGGCUACAUGAUGGACUUGCAGAGGCCGUCAGGCUCCAGCGGUUCCAGCAGCUCCACCAGCUCCCCGGCAUCUCCAGCCAUGGAGAGGCGUCAGCAGCAACCUGCAGCACCAGCUCCGUGUCCGCCUCCUCAACCCGCCUCCUCAGGCACAUUUCUCAGCUCUUUCUCCAGUGUGGUGAAGACAGCUCAGAUCGCCAGCGCAGUGCAGGCCAAAGCUGCUGCUCAUGGGGACAGCAGCACCACAGCAGCUGCAGCAACCACUGCCGCAGCACCAGCCAAGCCUGUAGUCCGCAAGCCCAAAGCGCUGUUAGUCAUCGAUGAUGCACACACAGAUUGGGCAAAGUAUUUCAGAGGAAGGAAGCUGAACGGGGAAUAUGAGAUCCGUGUGGAACAGGCUGAGUUUUCAGAGAUCAAUGUGACAUCCACCGUCAGCACUGGCUGUGUGGUUGAUAUGCAGGUUACACGAGGUGGCACCAGAGUUGUCAGGUCCUUUAAGCCAGAUUUCAUCCUGAUUCGCCAGCACGCCUAUAGCAUGACCCCGGGAGAAGACUUCAGAAGCCUUGUGAUUGGUCUGCAGUAUGGCAGUGUGCCAAGCAUCAACUCCCUGCACUCCAUCUACAACUUCUGCAGCAAACCCUGGGUUUUUUCUCAUAUGAUCAAACUCUACCAUGACUUGGGUCCAGAGAAAUUCCCACUGAAUGAGCAAACUUUCUUCCCCAACCACACACAGAUGAUGCCCACUCUGACAUUUCCAGUUGUAGUGAAGAUGGGGCACGCCCAUGCAGGCAUGGGAAAGAUUAAGGUGGAGAAUUCGACCGAUUUCCAGGACAUCACCAGCGUGGUGGCUCUCGCCAAAACAUACGCAACAGCAGAGCCUUUUGUCGACUCCAAGUACGACAUCCGGAUCCAGAAAAUUGGCAACAACUACAAAGCGUACAUGAGAACCUCCAUUUCAGGUAACUGGAAGGCCAACACGGGCUCUGCUAUGCUGGAGCAGAUCGCCAUGACAGAUAGGUAUCGUCUGUGGGUGGACUCAUGUGCUGAGAUGUUUGGAGGCUUGGAUAUCUGCGCUGUGAAGGCCGUACAUGGAAAAGAUGGCAAGGAUUAUAUUAUAGAGGUGAUGGACAGCUCCAUGCCUCUGAUUGGUGAGCAUGUGGAGGAGGACAAGCAGCUCAUCGCUGAUCUGGUCCUUAACAAGAUGGCGUUUGCUCUGCUCGGCAUCACCUCUCCUCAGUCCUCCAAUGCUAAGACACAGCCUGGUCCACAGACAACUCAGCCGAGACGAGCUCAAGGAGGUCCCCGUUCAGGCUCUGCCUCACCGUCUCAGUCACAGGGAUCUCCACAGCGAGCUCGCUCUGCUAGCACCUCUCCCAGUCAAGCCUUCCAACCUGGCCCAAUCCCAGCAUCCUCCUCUCAGAAACAAGCACCACAGCUCAACAAGUCUCAGUCUCUCACAAACACCUUCACGGAAACACUGAGAGGAAACCCAGUGGACGACGAGGCCAAAGCUGAGACCAUCCGCAGCCUUCGCCAGUCCUUUGCCAGCCUGUUCUCCGACUAAUAUGCUCGCUCACGCAUACACCAAGCUCUGCACUUUUGGAGUGAAGGUUGUUGUGAAGGUCAGUAGAGUCUAGUGAAGUGAAGUGGCUAACCUCAUGACUGAGGAAGAUGUGCGGUAGGUCCAUGUCACUAGUUGUGAUUGCGUGUAAUUCUUUUCAAACCUGCCUUCUUUUACCUCUUCCCUGAUUAUGAGAUUCUAAGAUCUGACUUCCUUUUUUUAACCAUAUCUCAAUAUCUUUACUGAGAAGAUCCACAAAUUUUCCACCAUGAAAAUAAUCACAAAAGAAAUCUAAAUUGUUUUGUAUAUUAAGUUUCCAUUAUUAUAGCUGACUUAACUUUAGUAACUUGAGCGUUUACAGCAAGGUUCCCUAAUUCCAGUCCUGGAGGUUUGAAAUCGCAUUUGGGAGAUUUCUUUGCUCUAAGACUCCUUAUUCAUUUCUGAUUCAUUUCUGGAUUCCUGGUUAAUUAGCACGUUUAAUCAGUGAGCUAGAGCAGGGAAAUCACCAAACAGCUCUGGAUUGUGGAUCUCCAGGACUGGAAUUGUGGAGCUCUGCUUUACAUACUGCUUUUGUCUAAACUUAAGGAAGGUCUUCCUGUGGACUCAUCAACAUGGUCAUUAACUUGUGGUGUAACAGUAUAAAAAUUUCCAUGAUAACCGUAUAACCCAGUAUCAUAGCAUCACCUUCACAAGUAAUUAAAUCUAAUUCAAUUCUUCAAAUUCAUCUAAUUAAGAACUAAUUUGUCCAAACUAAUCAUCAAAGAAUUCAGGAUUUCUGUUUAAAUAUAUGCUAUCCCAUUUUAAAAUGUAGCAUAUUUCAAGAGUAACUUUUUUUUUUAAAUGUCUAUACCAGUGUAGCAUAACAUUAACAGUAUAACUGUUUUAGAUCUAUUGUCUUAUGCUGUCGAUAAUGCUUUAUGAUUAAAUUAGCGAACAGUUAUUAUGAUAUAAUGCUUCAAGCCCAUGACACAGUGUGUAUUACAUCAGGCAAUAUUCCACAGUGGGUCUCCUUUUUAUUUUUAAAUGGAUCAGUCUUCCAUUACAAAUCAAUCUUCCCUUUAUAAGUGAAGUAUACUUGACAGUGUAAGUACUAUAAAUACUAUUUUAUUUAUUGGGCAUUUCAUCUCCUCACUGGGAAUCUCUGACAUUGACUUUUGACUUCACAACAAAAAAAAGGAGAAGAUAAUAAUGACCUGUGAGUCCCAUUUGAAAGCCAUCAAAUCAUUGACAUACUGAGGCCUUGAUUUACUAAGAUCCCAAAUACCGUGUGUGGGGAAAAAGUGGGCGUGUGUUUUAUAAAGAGUAACUGCAUGAAUUACAUUAGCUGUAAAGUAGGGGUAGAAAACACUAUGGAAGUGAGGUCCUGUUUGAUUUGAUAGCUAUAGCAAGUUCAUAUGUUUAAGAGAAUCUCGCCAUGAGUUGGACUGAAACUAAACCUCUCCACACAGACAUAUUUGUGCAAUUCAAUUAAAGGCUGUGAGUUGCAUCAAAAAAAUACAGUAUGAAUGCAAAAUAAACGUGUAUGUCAUGUUCGUAGUGUACAUGUGAAUGAACACCUUUUAAAAGUCUCCAUUUAAAUGCUUUGAGUAAUACUAAGUGAUUUUAUUACACAUUUUGAGAGGCUGAGGCAUUAUCUUAAUAAACCACAUGAAUAAAAUCUAAUGAAUGGUAUAAUUUAGUAACAGUCUGGGGGAAAUAUACCUCUCCAAAUAGAUGCUGCAUUCGACUAAGCUCAUAACUCUUUUUUUUUUCUCCAACUAAGAAAAAAAACCACCCCUUCAAGUUCCUUCUCAGAAAGUUAGGAAGGGUUCCUAGACCCCAAGUUAAACAUAUGUUGUCAUGUGUACAUAACCGCUCACAAUAGUAAUUAAGUACAUAAAAUAUUUCACCACAAUUCAAAUGAUUUAUAGUAGAAUUUCCUUUGAUCAAUCAAUGAAGUCAGAUUAUUCGCAACACUAUCUACAACACUAACCAUACAGCUUGCUGUUUGGAGAAAGUAAAUACAUGAUCACUAAUGUUUAUAAUGUAAUGGAUCGCUCAUUGCUUACAAAACGUACGUGUUCAUUGAGGCAUCCAUGUUUUUUCCCCACUUUGUAGCUUGAGCAAUUUCAAAAGCUGGAAAAUUCCAAGUUCAGACUUCCCAUUUCCGAGUUAAGUCGAAUGCAGCAUUAGAAGGUACUUUGCACACGCAAUUCACCCCCAUAUUUCACACUUUCAGGUAAAAAUAUCCAAUCCCAUAUUCUUUAAGGAAAAAAAACCACACAUGAACAAAACUGUUUGUUCAUGUACAAGACGCAAUUCUCCAUAAGCCCUGUUAGCAAAUCAGCUUGCAGAGUUUUAUUAUUUUUUGUGUGUGUGUGUGUGUGUGUGUGUGUGUUAUCAAGUUUGCACGUGGUUUUACACACAAAUACCUUUAGUAAAUCGGGGCCUAAGUGUUUUACCACAUUUCUUUAAAGCAAAAAAGAUUACAGUUACUGAAUAUUCAAGGUGUCAUAUUGGUCUCUCUGUGUGUUUUGUUUCAUUUCUGUAUUGUGCAAUAAGUAUUUUGUGACCAUGAAAUAUUAUGUUGCCUGUUAAUAUAAGUAGCUUGGUUUAUUUGACUUGUGGACCAAAUUCUGUGUUCAUGUAAAAAAAAAAAAAAAAAAAAAAACAGAGAGGAAAAAAAUCAAGCUUUGCAGUGAUGCUACUAGUUUACUCUUUUUCUUUUUUCUUUUGAGAGAAUGCCUAAUGUCAGUGUGAUGUGUUGAUUUCCUCUAUAAUUUACAUGCACAUUAUAAAGUGCAAUGAAAAGCCAUAAAAUAGAAAAGAGGAACUGUGUCAUGUUUGGUGAUUUUAAGCGUUAUUUGUUACAUGUUUAUAUUUUAGGCACACACUGCUAAGUUUCAUUUCUUAUCUAUCUGAUAUAAUAACAGAAGACAUGUUCACAAUCUGUGCAUAUGUAAUAUCUCUACAUGUCUGUACACGCCAGUCUCCCAAUUAACGGGCAGAGUAAUAAUCUUGUAUCCGGAACUAGGCAAAGCAAUUGAAUGAUCUGUUCACUAUAACUUUGACAUGGUCUUAUGUAUUGUAUUUUUUUUUAUUUACCUGAACUGUGUAACUAAUCUAUAAAAACUUUCAGUGCAUUUAUGUAUCCUUGUUAAUUAAUGAUUAAGUAUUUAUUUAUUUAUUACUUUAUCCUGUGUAUCAAAACUACAAAGUUAUUAAUUUAUUUAUGUAUUUAUUUAUUUCAAGAUACAUUUAUUUCUAUAGCACAUUUUUUUUGAUCCCAUGUGUGUUAGCAGAACGAUGUUCUUUAAGAAGCAUGCCUUGAUUUUUACAGUAUUUUACCCCAGUGUUUUACAUACCUGAGCAUAAAUUGAUGAGGUGAUUAGCUUUAAGAACUGAGGCAUAGCUGUUGAUGAUCACCUGACUUGCAGUCGCUAGGCUACCUCAUGGCUCCCAUCUCUCGAAAUGCAAAUGACUCAUCAGUUAAAAAUUAUGCAGUAAAAGCUAUAGCUCAGAGAAAGUGUGAAACCCACUGCAUACAUAGCUUAGGUUUGUUUUCUUUUCAUCUUCCCUUUUAUAGGACACAAGGUCAAUAUUCCUUUAUUUUGGUUCAAAUCAAACUGAUGAUGUGGGUCCUAACAUACUAUAACACAACAACUAUGGCAACAUGAAAUUUACAGAAACCAGCUGAUUGUGAAGCAAUUACAGUCACCGAGCUUACGGUUAUUUCAGGACCCUUUCACUGCAGUGAGCCUAAAAUAUACACACAACAAUACACACGUAGAAACAGUACACAUGCAGAAAGUAUACACACGUAGAAACAGUACACAUGCAGAAAGUAUACACACGUAGAAACAGUACACAUGCAGAAACUAUACAGAAGCAGAAACAGUACACAUGCAGAAACUAUACACACGUAGAAACAGUACACAUGCAGAAACUAUACACACGUAGAAACAGUACACAUGCAGAAACUAUACAGAAGCAGAAACAGUACACAUGCAGAAACUAUACAGAAGCAGAAACAGUACACAUGCAGAAAAACACAUUACGAGAAUACAAACACAUUUAUAUGGUUGUCAUAUUGCAGUGAGUUAUACAGUGUAGUGGUUUUCUCUAAAGUAAAUGUGGCAUGAUUAGGACUCCUCUUUCUCUCUCUGGUGCCUCUGUAGUGAAUGUUACUCAUGUAGAUCAGUGUUUCUGAAUGCUUUGUGUAUAGUGUGUAUCAUUCUACAUGUGUUUUAAUGUCACACGUGCCAUUUUUGGUACAGUUUGGGUUCUAUAUUUUGGUUAAUGGAAAUGCUAUUAAAGUGUUUAAUAAAA